AGGUUUUCCUGACUUUUCAUGUGAAAAUCACAUAUAUAUAUAUUUCAGGGUUAGUAUAGACAUGAAAUGCUCACAGUCCUGUUUUGUUUGCUCCUAAGGUCAUAAAGGCAAUAGAUGAAGGCUACCGACUCCCAGCGCCCAUGGACUGCCCUCCAGGCUUGCACCAGCUAAUGCUGGACUGCUGGCAGAAAGACAGAGCCGAGCGUCCAAAGUUUGAUCAGAUUGUUGGCAUCUUGGAUAAAAUGAUCCGCAACCCUAACACCUUGAAAACCCCAGUGGGAACAUGUACAAGACCAAUUAGCCCCCUCUUAGAUCAGAGCACACCAGACUUCACCACUUUUCGCUCAGUAGGAGAGUGGCUGGAAGCCAUCAAGAUGGAGCGAUACAGAGACAACUUCACUGCAGCCGGCUACAGUUCCUUGGAGUCUGUAGCCAGGAUGUCAAUAGAGGAUGUGAUGAGCUUAGGAAUCACACUAGUGGGCCACCAGAAAAAGAUCAUGAGCAGCAUACAGACUAUGAGAGCCCAGAUGCUGCACCUUCAUGGUACAGGAGUCCAGGUGUGACACGCUGCAACGGGACGCCUCUGUCAGGGUAAAAACACUAAGGCAGGACUAAUCUGGAGCAGCGCCUGGUCAAAGUACACGGAUAUCUGCUGUGUCUGACUCCUCCUACUGCGUCUGGAGGGAAAUCAUUCCUUUGUUCCUCAGCGAAGGAAUGAGGUCCGUUUCUUCAAAGGGCCCUAAAGAGAGGAAAGGGCAAGAAGCAGCGACAAAAAUCAACUACCUGUAUGAGAUGACUUGUUUUUCUUUCUUAUUUGUAGACGCGCUUAAGAACUCAACUACAUAUCAAGGGGCGAGUCAGAAAUGAGUUUUAUUACCUUAAUGAUGGAAUUAAGCGCACACCAUAGAUGUGAAUUUCCUUUACAAAGCAAAUGGAAAUUGCUUUGGUUCCUUUUUCUACAGUCUUUAUUUUCUGUGUGCUUGCCACAAGGAAAUACUGUGGCAUCCACAGGACUUGUUUUCCUCCUGGUCCUUGGAUGUGACAACAGGGUAACUCUUAUCCAGAUGCCGACAGAGCUUUGCGUUGCAGAUUUCAAGGGACUGUUUGUGCUGAGUCGUGCAGAACUGAGCUGGUUGCAGUUUUUGUCUUUCCUUUAACUUGUUUUUAACAUCCUUAUUGCAUCCCAACAUGCUUGUUUGCAGCCCAGGAAAUGGGGUAUGUCGCAAUCUUCAGACUUUUGAAUAAGUUUGCACAAUAAAGGCAAACUUUUCCUCUAGUCACAUGGUUUUUAUAUCAGAGUAGCAAUAUCUAUUAGUCAGAAUUCACAACAGGACACAAAGUCUUAGAACUUAUGAAAAUCUGCGAGCACAGUUCAAAGAUUGUAUUCAAUUUGCAGCCACUCUGUAGUUCUGCUAUCAUUCUGCCUAAAAUCUUGCACAUAGUUUGUUCCUGCAAAUUGGAUGGUGUUUAAGGUUGGAUCUCGGAACAGAGGAGAUGUCAUACUGCCUUAAAACAUAUUUAGAUUUAGUAUUUACAAUGCUUUAGGUACUUUAAUGGCGAUGCUAUGUGUGGCUCCUUUAGAAGUUUUUGUCAUUUUUUUUCUUGUGGUGUGAUGUCUUCUUAUCUGUGACUAGAUCUGGUGUGCACAAACUCAGACUAUUACCAGGAAUGACAGAUUCAGUCGGGAAGAGAUUGACUAAAAGAGCAAUAAUUACCAGGGAGAAGCAGUCUUCAACAGAGAUCCUUUAUGGUGCUAUGUAUGAAAAGCAUGUGUGUGCUACUGUGUGCUGACAAACCCUUUGGAAAGAUUCUGUCGCCCCCAGAAAGGAGAAGGAAUGUACCUCUGUGACCUAAAAUGCUUUGGAGCGCGCUCAGAAACGUGCCAUGCCAAGUCAUCAAAUGAAAUAGUCAUGUUGUGUUUUGCCUUUAUGAUAUGGUAAACAUUUGAUGAAAAUCUAACAAAGCAUGGAAAUGUCAAGCUGAGUUGUCGCAAAGAUGAAAGUGGCACCAUUUGAAACUCUAAAAAGGUGCAAAUUAGCCAUGCUAACAUCAUCCUCCAACACAUUGCACCACCCAGAUAUCAAAGAGAUCCUUUGGGGUUGGCGUCUGAAAAAAACCCGGGACCAAAGGAUGGAGUCUUCAUCAGACGCAGGCCUUGCUGGUAAAUCCUUCCGUCCUGGCUCCGCGGGCAGCUGCGCAGCUCCUCUUGUUUAUUUAUGCGUCUCCGCCGCUCUUCCCUCACAGGCGUGGAUGUGACGGAACAUGCAUUGAAAUAUGCUCCUCUUUUUUUCCGUGUGACUUUGUGUGGAAAACAGAGCAGAAGCAGAGGCACGAUGUGUUUUAAGGCUGAUCAACCUCUUUGGUGCCAUCUGUCGCUACUUCAAAAACGAAAAAA